AAAAAACUGUACUUGUUUUACUCUCAGUUUUUGGUAGCUUAAAGGCGAAUCUUCAAUGAUCAUUUUGAACUUGGUUUCGUGAAAAACGGAGUUGAAGUGAGUCCGUUACGCUCUUACUGCACUGUUUCAGAAUUUCUCAUUCAAAGGUAGCUGAGGUUGAAUGCAAGUUGGCAAUAGGUUCUGUUGAACAUAUUUUUGCUUGUGCCACUGUUAUGGAGUGCGAGGAUCCUUCCCAACUCGUUCAUGGCACUCCACUAGGGGAUGGCAAUGUGCGCUUUUCUAUAUAUGCCGCGCUUGAGGAGAAAGCAAAAGUGCCAUUUCCUGUGAAAGAUGAAAUUGAAACAGUGAAGCAGGCUAUGGGGAGUUGGGUAGCAUGGCCUAAACACCUAGUCAUAAAAUCACAUCUCAAGAAACCUCUCAAGGAUAGUGCUGAAAAGAAGAAGAAAAGGAAAGAGAUAGGGGAAGAGGACUCAGAGAUUGAAUUUGGCUUGGCUAAAUUGGCACCAUCAUUACUAGCUUCAUUGAAGAUGUUAUGUUUGUGGGGUGAAGAUGCAUUCAAAGAUGGGCAUACAAUCAGCUUCUACAUGGAGCUUGUAGUGUUUGGAUUUUCUCGCAAGACUUAUAUAUUGGGAAAAGAUGUUCGGCGACUGGCAAGCAUGAGGGAAUUAACUAGAACUUGCAUUGUAGUGUACCAGAGGUACCUCUAUGAUCAGUUGAAGGCUUAUAAAAUGCUUGACAUGGUUGAAUUUUUUGACCCUUCACUUGUUGGUGCUGUGGGGUGUGGGAAUGGAACUGUCAGGGCCCAACACAUCAAAGAUAGGCUUGCAACUGCUAAACCAGGACAGAUGUUCUUGUUGCCAUUUAACUCGGGUGAUCAUUGGACUUUGACACUUGUUGAUCCGGACAAACAAAGCGCCUAUUUUAUGGACCCGCUGAAAAGAAGCUUACCCACAGGAGAUUGGAUGUCUAUCGUGGAAACUGCUAUGAGUAUGUAUAAUGCUGAAAAGAAAAAGCAAGGCCGGAGUUCAGUCCAAUGGAAAAAUUUGGCUGGCAUUCCUCCCCAACCUAGCAACAAGGAGUGUGGAUACUUUAUCAUGCGAUACAUGAGAGAUAUCAUUGAGGAUAAAGACAUGUCAUUGUUUCCUACGAAGUGGGAGAGGAGAGGCAGCAGCCAAUACACCCAAGCAGAUAUUGAUCAAGUGCAAAAUGAGUGGGGGAAGUUUGUUGUCAACACAUAUGUGCAUGAGCCUUGAAGUAGCGCGCUUGUUGCUGAUACAAUUUUGAUAAGGAAAUCAUCUUUUUUGUGCUUCUCUGCUGGUACAUUCUCAUGCACCAUGUGGCAUGUUUUGGAACAAUACAUAUGUGUAUCAGCUUUUUGAUGUCCCAAGUAGAUGGGCAUGCACUAGAAUGCUUUUCUUGUUUAAAAUGUUGGCUUUCUUAUUUGGAAAUGCAUCUCUUUUGCUUUUGAA